AUGUCUGAGAUUAAGCAACAGGUUACAAACAAAGCAAAUUUAUCUGGAGAAAAUAAGAUGAAUGCUAAUCCGAUUUUGGGAUCGGGACUACGAUCGAGGAAGCGAAAGGCGAAAUCUGAGCCCCUUCCGGGAAAGCGAAAACGGGCAGAGGAAGGGAAUUUCCUCGUCAAAAGACAAUACAAAAGCAGUCCUCGCCUUUCAAGGAGAAACCAUUUGAGAUGCGAAGGCAAAAAACCAAAGAAUACUUAUUCAAAUAAGAAUACACGAUGUGAUGAAUCGUCCCUCGAUUGCGAGGGAAGAGGCUUCUUAAACGAGGAAAACCGAUCUUUAUCAGGAUGUUGCACCCCAGAAAAAUCCAGUUACGAGAAGCGAGCAUCUAGAAAGCGAAAAGCAGUUUCUGACCCACUUCCGACGAAACGAAAGCGUACAGAGAACAGGGAUGUUCUCAAAGUACGUCAAUACAACAGCAGUUCAAAAUUAUUGAGAAGAAAGAAAUUAAGACGUGAAGGCAGCAGGCCUAAGAAUGGUCACCCACAGCCGAAAAACAGUGGUUGUGAACUUUUCCUCGAUUAUGGAGAGAAUGACUCGUUAAACGACGAAAAUCGAUCACUGCCUGGAUGUUACACUCCUGAAGAUUCCGAUUUUGUCGAAGACGUCAAAAAUUCAGAACCACCUGAGUAUGUCAAGCAACUUGCUAAUACUGUUUCAGCUGAUUUUGCUAACUUCGAGAUAGGCACACUCCUCGGAGCUGGUUCAUUUGGAGAGGUCGUCGCUGCAACACGCAAGAAAGACAAUGUGCCGGUAUGUUCAUUUAAUGUUGGUUUCUUCUUCAUCAAAGUGGCGCUUAAAUUUGUAAAGAGGAAUUCAGUGUCCGAGUAUAAAAAGGAGAAUGACUCGUUAAACGACGAAAAUCGAUCACUGCCUGGAUGUUACACUCCUGAAGAUUCCGAUUUUGUCGAAGACGUCAAAAAUUCAGAACCACCUGAGUAUGUCAAGCAACUUGCUAAUACUGCUGAUUUUGCUAACUUCGAGAUAGGCACACUCCUCGGAGCUGGUUCAUUUGGAGAGGUCGUCGCUGCAACACGCAAGAAAGACAAUGUGCCGGUGGCGCUUAAAUUUGUAAAGAGGAAUUCAGUGUCCGAGUAUAAAAAGCUGAAUGGGCGACUGAUCCCCGCCGAGGCGUAUCUGCAACGUCUAGCACGUCACCGCCACGUCAUCAAAAUCUACCAGCUAAUCUUCACAGACGAAUUUUACUGUUUCGUAAUGGAGCGACCGGAAGAAUGCAAGGACUUGUUUGACAUUAUACAAGACCGAAAUAACGAGAACAAGCCGCUAACAGAGAAAGAAGUUAGGAGGUACUUCGCCCAAAUCUUAGAGGCCAACAUUAAGUGCGAAGACAGAGGUGUCGUUCAUAGAGACAUCAAACCAGAAAAUAUCUUGGUGGACAUGCACACUGAUGAAGCCAAGUUGAUUGAUUUUGGGUUGGCAUCUGAGAUCCAGAGAGAACCUUUCACGACAUUUAGAGGAUUAAUCACGCUAUUAUUUCUUUUUCAACCAGGUACCAAUCAAUACAUGCCUCCUGAAUUCAUAAAAUCGAGGAAAUACGACGGCUGCCAGGGCACCGUGUGGCAAAUGGGAAUCCUCCUGGUAGAUAUGUUGUCCCCCGUCGUGACUGCGUUUGAGAAACCUAGCCACGCACUUUGCAUGGCUCCUAGAGUGCCACAGCAGUUUUCUCCAGGUAUUUACAGUUCCAUUCUCACCCCCAGUGCUGCUCGUUUUAAAAUGUCGUUCGCUGACAACGCGACGAGGCUCUGGGAACGAGAAUGGAACAGGUCCCCUAAAGAAGGGUUAAAAAACAGGGACUCUCAAGGUUUCAUUUCCUUUCACUUUCAGUUUAAAUAUUUCAUUUUUUUUUCCUUCUACACAGAGGUGAAGAAUCUCGUCGCCACACUGUUAAACACAACACCCAACAACCGGCCAACUCUGAAACAAGUUCUACAGCAUCCUUGGUUCACCAUGACAGACUAAGCUGCUUCUAAAACCUGUGCCUUCUUCAUCAACAAGACCCGCUCUAGGGCGUCCACCAAACUUACAUCUGUCCGGUUUCAGAACUUAUUCACGAGUGAACGUUCAUAAUUACAGACUCCAAAUCCAUAUACAUGCCUAUAUGCAUGACUGUUUGUUGCUUGCUGACAAAGUAGCAAGCAAAAAGACUGUUAAUGAUUUACUUGAUUUAAAGUAUAAUGUAGUGGAGUAUGUCUCUAAAGAAUGUCAAGAAUGGCUGUUUGAUGAUCAUAAAAUUGAAAUCCUCUAAAAUCGAUUACGAGAACAUUCAGUUGUAUUGUGAUACAGAGUCAGCCUCUAAAAGAGUUCUGAAUGGUUUGAUGUAGAAUUGGAGAUAUCCGUUAAAAG